UAAAACAACAAUGUUGAUUUUACUUAAAUAUAUAGCUAUAAAUAGAAAAUCAUAAAAAAACUGACUCAGAAACUGAAGUGGUCUCGUAUUUUAAGGAUAGACGGUCUUCAUAUGGGAAAUAUGGGCGUUAACUUUAUCUGAGCAGCUGUACGUCAGUUAGCUUAGCAAGCGGUAGCUAACGGUUGUCGGUUCCCCGGGCGAACGCGUAUUUACACGGGUUUUGCUGCUAGGUCACAUUUAAUACCGUAAAGUAGUGGUUUAACACCUAUAAAUAUUCGUAAAAUCGUUUGAAGCGGUGAGUAGGUAGCUUAGCUAGCGUUAGGCUAGCUAGUUUAGCUAGUUAGCUUUGCUAAGCUAACUAGUUAUGUUAGCGUUAGUUAGGUAGUUAGUUGGCUAGUUAACUUAGCCAGGUUAGCUAGGUUAACCUAACGCGCUUUUAUAGGCUUUAGCGAAGCGAUGCUGCCCUCAAACUCAUCAAACCGGAUUAAACUGAACCGAAACGCGUUUAGACUUGAAAGCGGUUCAGCUCCGAAACGGCGGCGGGCUGUGGGCGAACCCCGCGACCCCCUCCUGGGCACGGAUCCAGCGUUAACCGGCUGCGGCCCCCGAGCGUCAUCGCCCCCCAAUGCGCGGGAGCCGGUCAGAGAGCCUCCGGGAGACACCAGCGGCGGAACCGGAGAGGGUGCUCUGGAUCCGUUCCGCUGCGGCGUUACUAACGACACAAACAACAACGAUACCGUGUCGGAAAAUCCAACGCAGCCACAGCCGAUUAGUUGCCAUUUGAGUUUCGCCUUGCGUUUCUCCGACGCAAAAAACGCAACGCGAAAGCCCAGCACCGGGCCAGGGACCGUGGCCUGCUACGUUAACGGUAAGGUGUGUGUGGAGUCCUCUCUGAGGUUUGGACCGGCGGAACCCAGCGGACUUGACCGCACACCUGAAGGGGAGCAGCGGGUGGUAUCACCGGUGCGCCGCGGGAGGGGAACGUCGCGGUGCACCCGCAGCUCCGGGGAUAAACCGACCCCGGAUACCCAAAUAAAGCCGCCGUGGACUCGAGCCAGCACGGCUGAAGCUUCAAAUUUGAAUAAGAAAUCUAAAGGGAAGAAAUGCUUCGAUUUAGUCACAAGAUUUGGUUCAGGGAGACACGUCAAACGAUCUGUGAGAAACCCAUGCUGUGCUUUGUGUGGCGAUGUAAAAUACACAGCUCCUGUUCAUAACAACCCAGCUGGUUUACGUAAACCAAGGCUGCGGUUCCCUGGCCUGCCACGAAGGCGCGAGGUGGCCAAGGUUCGUCCUGCAGCAGCACAAGCUAAGCAGAAAGGCACUCUUAUUUUCUGGUUCAAAGAGUAUCCCAGGGUGAACCUGUGUGACAUUGCCCGGGUGUUUGACGUGACUUCACAUGACUUUUCAUGUGUUUUGCCGGUGGUGAUGCACCAAAAUUGGGACCAAAAAAGAGACCACAAAAGUGUGCCAUGCUUAAAAACAGAAUUGCGGUCCCUGAUGCAACAUUAUUCCAGCGAUGAUAGCAAGUGGAUUGGCAGCCAAAUCUCAAAGGUGUGUGCCCCAACCAAUCGCUGUCCUUCUCUCUCGUCAGGUGAACGAGAUUCAGGAACUACUGAAGACCAGUCUGUUUUGAACACAGCGUUGGUUCAUGAUGAUGAUUGUCCUGAGACUUCGGAAAAUCCUGUUUCUAAGAUGUUCGACCAUAAAAGAAUGAGGCUGACUUCAUUUGAAAGAACUCCAUGUCUUCCCAUCGGCUGUGGGGAUGUAUUGCAUCCUGACAAGACUAAUGCAAACUUUGUAGAAGGAUCGGCCAUGGCUUCUGUGUGUCAGGAAGAAACGAUGGCUCCGGUGCCCAGGCUACCUCCUUUGGUACCAGAGUGUGUGACAGCUUGCAAUGGCUUUGGUUCUCCCCAAUCUUACCAUCUUACCUGCAAGCCUUCAGUUGACCAUAAGAACUCUACGGUUGGAGAGUCUGAUGCGCUUCACAGUCGUCUGAAUGAGAACGGUAUGAUUGAGGAUUCAGAUGAGGAAGUGUGUUCUCCUCAUUCAUUCUCAUGCCAGAGAACUCAAGCUUACCUAACUUGGACUCGCUUCUCCUGUGCCCGCACUUGCAGGUCUUGGCCAUUUCCCAGACGUGGUCCUCCUGCUGAAAUGAAGUCAGCUGUCCGGACUGGCCCUCGUUGGAUAACAACCUCAAGAACCGCAGAUUCCACAGACCAAACAGUCAGUGAUGUACAACCUGGUCUCCAACCCAAAAUGACCCAUGACUGUAUCACUGGGAAAAAUGUGAGAUACAGUCCUGUCAGGAUUCAAGGGUCAAGUAAUGAGCAAAGGCUGAACAAGAUGGAGACAAUUCCAGAGGAGGUUCAGGAGGCUCCAGCAGAGCCAAGAGAACAUCAGAAAGAAACAGGCAAAGCUGCUUCAUCUGAUCAUAGUAUGAAAAAAGAUGGAACCAUUGGAAAGAAUAUGAGAGAUUGUCUUUUCAAGAUGCUUGGGUCAAGUAUUAAAGGCCUAGUGGAUCAGAAAGAACAAGGACAGACAUCCUCCACACAGUUGAACAAGAUGGAGACAGAUGGAGAUUCUGAGCAGAAGUUGCUCCCUUUGGCCAAGUUUCUUGAGGGAACUGAAAAUGUUGAAAGGCUCGAAACUUUUCAAGCUCUGGAAAGUAUUAAAGACUGUGGUUUAAAACAAAGAACUCAGCAAACCUCACCCUCGGACCUCAGUAGGCUACAUCCUAGAGAAGACUCGUGUACCACCUCCACCUCUUCCUCACCCUCCAAGAUGGUAUGUUCCUCAGUGGAACCCCAGGCCAGUUCCUUGGUUCCAAUAAAGAAACACGGCUCUAUUUCUCCUGUAGAGAACACAACUGAUCCACUGUACCUCCUAAGUGCAUUAAAUCCAGUCAGUUCCCCAUCAAAGUCCAACAGCAAACAAAGCGAAGAUGAAACUUCUUCCCCAUCCUCGUCUCCUGCAUCCUCCUCUUUGUCUUCCUCUGGUGAGGACAACUCCACCAGUAACUGCUCUCCUGUACAAAGUUCUGAGGAAUCUGAGGUUGAUGCAGAAUGUUCAUCGCUACAAGAUGAGCUGUGUGAGAGCGGAAGGACUAACUCAAGCCCGUCCCCCUCUCGCUCGCCAGAGUUCUCUAUAGAGGCUGCUGAUGACAUGGAUGUUUUACGAGCCUAUGAGGAGGAUGCGAUCAUACUCGAUGUGAUUCAAGAUGACCCAGAUCUCUUUGGCGUUGUGGAAACAGCUGAAAGACUCACACAAACUCAAGGCCAAGUCGCCUUAAAAAAAGGAUAUACGGUGUCCUUGCAACCUGAGAAGACCAGUGCGAUCGGGAAUCGAAACAGGAUAGUAUGGAGUGAGCCAGAAAGUCCCAGGAAACUGACUGCUGAUUGCAGGAUGGGGAAUUCGUUUGAUUUUCACACAGUGGACAUUAGUGAACCAUCUCAGGGCUCCGUGACUCAACUCGGCAGGAGCUGGCUCCCACUGAAGUCAGAGCAGACUUAUACAGAUUACAACAAUAACCUGGGGGAGAGAUAUUCAGAUAUGAAUGCUGACAACGUGCUGAACAGCACUGGAUCCUCACGGCUGGUGAUUGAUUCAGGCAACAGUGUGCGUUCCACAGCUGGUUCAGGCUUCAGUGCUCCGAGAUCUUCAUCAGUCCAAUACUGUUAUUAUUACUUCAGUGAACAUUACACUUGCAGGAAAAACUUCUGCCGGUACCUUCAUUCUGCCAAGGCUGAAGACGAAAAGUUUUGUAUGGACACUGUGCUGAAGUUCUGCCGUGCUGGAAACCCUGUUGUUCUACAGCGAGCUGUGGCAGUGCUGGUUGAAUACUACAUGACCAAUUCUCCUGGUGUGAGUUACAAUCAGAGCAUCGUGAACUCUCUGCUGUCCUGCCUGCUGAACCUGGCUCUGAUAGGAAAAAUGCAGUCCGUCAUCAACACUCUUCUCACCCAUAAGAAAACCCCUCCUCCUGACCUCAUUAUGGCACUUUAUGAACGUGUGAGGGAACGAGGACUGCUCAAAACUGUACCUGAGCUCAUCCUCCUCACGUCAAAGAUCAUAGAUGCAGGGUGUGUGUUCACGGUUAACCAGUGUGAGAUGAUGCAGUCUCAGCUUCAGAUGCUGCAGGUGCCCGGACAACAGAUGGAGAUAUUCCAAGCUGUCAAAUGCAGAGCUCUGGCCACGAACCCGCAGACUGCUGAAGUGUCGGUGCUGGCUCAGGCUGUGGUCCAAGUAGAGAUGUAUAAGGAGCAGGAGAACUGGUCUGAACUGGCGAGAGUAUUCUGCAGGGUGUGUAACGGUCAUUACAGUGCAGGAGAGGUAACACGGUUCUGCUGCUGCAUCACUGUCGUACUGAUGACAGAAUCUAAAGACAAACUGACUCUGCCCUUCGAACCGUUCGCUGAGUCCAUAUGUGAGAAGGAGCCGCCUGGUGGACUGGUCAGAAGCUUUCUGGGACGGGUGGGAGUCUCACUAAUGUUUAAAUAUUACAGAAUCCUCGACUGGGCCAAGGGAAUGAAGGUGGUGCUUGCAAUGUCCCGACUGCACGUGGAGUUCUCCACCCUUAAAGGGCUUUUCAGCAGUGAGGAGUGGAUGUCUCGUUGUAAGCUCAUCACCACAGCCACAGAACUCUUCCUCAACAGCGGGAGCAUCGAGGGAGCGCUGAACGUGCUGCGAGCUGACGAAUGGUUUGUGAGUUCGAGCGUCUGGCCUUGUGAGGCAGGAGAUGUGGAGAACCGGAAGAAGGUUUUGACUCAACUAGCUGGGAAAACGUCAUACAGAGACACACUGGAAGUCCUCAGCAAUCUUCCUGGACUCAGCAAGCCACUCGAUGGUGUUCAGGUGGGUGAGUACUGCAGUGUUUUUAACACUCACCUACGGAAGUGUGUGAUGAACCAGGUUUUGCCAGUUGCUGCGGACACUCUUGAAUUCAUGUUAACACAGGGAAUCCCCCCGGACACUACGCAGCUUCAAAACGUCAUCCACAAACUGGGCAAGCAGAACAACUGGAACCGGGCCAGGGCUCUGUUUAAGCGAGCUCGUUCUGCAGGUCAUUACAGUGAGGUGGGGUGCGGGACAGAUUCUUUGGCCUUGCCGUGUUGCCUUAAUGAGAUUGAGAUGACUCUGGCCUUUGAGAUGUUCAUUACUGGUGUUGGAGCUACCUUUCAAAAUUUCAGCGAUCCUUCCCAGCCUCUGCUCAUCACACUCAAACGGACCUCUAGUGGUGAGGCGGUGAUGGAGAGUCGGUAUUUAGCCACCGGCUGCUGCAUGCUCUCCGCUGCAAAGAUCCCCAACCCCAAACUGAGCAUUCGCUACAUGGCUGUAAAUCAGGACCAGGAGCAGAUCUUCCACCUGGACCGUGGAUCUGCUGCCAAGUGGCUCUCUCACAACUACACCUGGGCACAGGAGAUGUGGGCAAGCUAACAUGAGCUAGACCCUGACCAAGAACAGAAGUUUGUUCAUUAGAAGCUACCUCUUCAAAGAAUGGCCGGAUUUGAGCGUUUCUUCAUCUUUGUUUUACGCGUAAUUGAAAGGAAUCUCACAGCUUGCAGUUAAGAUGUUUCUAGACAGUAAUAGACCAUAAUACAAAAAUUAUCAUUCCAUCAAAAUGACUGUUUAGACAGUUUACACUGUUUACACUUAUCUGUUCCAAAUUGUACUGUUCUUUUCUACAGUAGACUCUACAUGACGUCCUCAGCACUUAUUAAGAUUACAUAUCUACACCAAUAAUAAAGUCCAAUCUGAAACACUACAUACACACAUGGACACAUGGAAGUUAAGGUGGAAAUUUAGCCCCAGUGUUUUAUUUUUACCAGGGACCAAAAUUGCAUGUUUUUCUAUUAACAUGUUUAACGGGCUUUUCCUCCUUAAGUGUAAUUAGUUGUUUUCUUCUUUGCUGUACAUUUUAACUUCCUUUAAAAGAUUGAUUUGUCUUUGCUCUUUGUUUAAAAACGUUAAUGUGUCAGAUGCACAACAUCUAAAAAAUAUAAAAUGCAUCACGGAUCUAAGACAACUCUGAUGAUCAUCAUGCUUUGCAUGUUUUUAGACCGUAUGCAGUUUGAGUUUGUUCAGUUCUCAGAUUUCUGUACAUGUUUCAAAAUAAAUAAAUAAAUGAUAAAGAGCAAAA